AUGACAGCCACGACAGCGAACGCAAAUCGGGCCUUUGCUCUCCAUCCUUUCUCCACGAAUCCGCUCAAGUCGCGAGACGACGUUGUUGCCGCUGUAGCAUCUCUCCUUGACCCUCUUAUUCCAGGCUUCUCGCCGGGAAAUGCUCUGAUCAAAGUCGGAAGCACUGGUACAAGAUUCGAUGAGACUGGGGCCCAAGUCGAAGGCUUUGCACGCCCGCUAUGGGGUCUCGCACCUCUACUAGCCGGCGGCAGCAAGUACAACGCAACAGAUAAGUUUGUACAAGGCUUAAUUUCUGGCACAGAUCCAGAGAGCCCAGAGUUCUGGGGCUACAUGGAGGAUACAGACCAGCGCAUGGUCGAAGCGUGUCCCAUUGGUUUCACGCUUGCGGUAGCAAAUAAGAACUUUUGGGACCCCUUGACUGACAGACAAAAGAAAAAUGUUGAGACUUGGCUGGGCAGUAUGAAUGACAAGAGAAUGCCCGACACCAACUGGCUAUGGUUCCGCGUCUUCGCCAACCUUGGGCUCGAGAGGAAUGGUGCACAUUGGUCGAAGCAGCAACUUGAAAAGGACAUUAAGCAGCUGAACUCGUACUACCGUGGCGAUGGAUGGUCGAAUGAUGGCCCAGAUUCAUACCGUCAAAUGGAUUACUACUCAGGUUCAUUUGCGAUACAGUAUCUCCAACUGCUGUAUUCGAAAUUGGCGGCGGACAUCGACCCUGAGCAAGCUGCAGAGUACCGCAAGCGCGCACAGAUGUACGCCCAAGACUUUGUGCAUUACUUCGACCCAGAAGGUCGAGCGAUUACAUUUGGGAGGUCGUUGACCUACCGAUGGGCCAUGGUGGCAUUUUGGGGUGCAGUGGCCUUUGCAGAUGUCGAGCUCCCUGAACCGCUGUCCUGGGGAGUUGUCAAAGGUAUAUGGCUACGCAACCUGCGUUGGUGGACCACCCAGAAGGACAUUUUCCAGUCCAACGGUAUGCUUACAGUGGGAUACUCCUACCCCAAUUACUAUUUGGCUGAAAAUUACAACUCGCCGCAAUCGCCAUAUUGGUGUAUGCUCGCCUUUGCUGCGCUUGCUGUGCCAGAGAGCCAUCCCUUCUGGAGUGCGAAGGAAGAGCCGCAUCCAUAUGCCAAUCAACGAGUCGUGCGAUCUCUACCUCAUCCACGCCAAAUCGUCAUCCGUAGUGGUGGCCAUACAUUCCUUCUUUCCAGCGGACAAUCAUGUCACUACGCGAUCAAAAAUUCCAACGCCAAAUAUGGCAAGUUUGCCUACAGCGCCGCCUUUGCAUACUCGGUUUCCACUGGUUAUCAGGAACUUGAGCAGUUCGUUCCCGAGUCUUCGCUCGCGCUAUCCGAUGACGGCGGCGAGCUAUGGAAAAUGCGUCGGGCCCUUAAUGGAGACUCUGAGAUUGAGAAUCACGAUGGCGUACCGGUGUUGGUGUCUAGUAUGAAGCCAUGGCACGAUGUAGAAGUUCUGACCUACCUGAUCCCACCAGUAGAAGAUACACCAAACUGGCAUCUGCGUGUGCAUCGCAUCACGACUGGACGAGAUGUCAAAACGGCAGAAGGUGCAUGGGCUGUGUAUGGUGCACGCGAAUCCGACGGUCGUCUGCUUACCGAGUGGAACGGUACCCUUCGCACGCUUGACGAAUCGAUUCCAGAAGGCGGGAAAGGAGACGAAACAAGUGCAUUUGCAGCAUCACCGCGCACAGGAGCUGUUGGUAUUGCGGAUAUACAUCAGACGGAUCGUACGGGUAGUGUCAUACUGUCAGACGCGAAUUCGAAUUUGGUGGAGGCAAGGACAGUGCUGCCUAUUGUACAAAAGGACAUCAAGGCAGGCGAGACUGCAUGGUUUGUGACUGCUGUCUUCGCUCUACCGGCUAGUGCAGAGGGUUGGAAGGAGUCGUGGAAGAAUGGAUGGGAGAAGAGGCCUGUGGUGCCUAAGUGGGUGCAGGACAAGAUGUCUGGGUGA